AUGGUCCGUUGUCUGGUUGGGUUUUCUGUUGUGUUGGCUUGUGCCUACGCCGCUAGUCUCCCAAUCAACUUCCAACAGCUUCCCGAGCAACUCAAGGGUGAGUUAAACGCGCAUUAACAUUUGUUUUCAUAAUUAACCGCUCGUAAUUUCCGUUUUUAAUUGUAUCCCUGUUUAGAAGUAGUUCCCGAGGCCGUUACCAAGUUCUACGCUGAUCUCACCGAAGAUGACAAGAAGAUCUUGAAGGAGAUCGCCGCCAACCACGCCCAAUACGAAACCGAGGACCAGGCUUUGGAGGCCCUUAAGGGAAAGAGCGAGAAGCUGUACAACAAAGCCGUUGAACUCCGCCAACUUCUAAAGACUAAAAUCGAUUCUCUCAACACUGAAGCCAAGGCGUUCGUCGAGGAUGUAAGCUUUAAUCGCAAUUGGAUUAUGAUUCGUUUGUUCUUUUUUAAUGGUUAUUUUUUUAGAUCAUCGCCAAACUCCGCGCCCUUAAGCCCAAGACCGGUGAGAAGCCAGAUCUGAAGAAGGUCCGUGAGAUCGCCCAGACCGUCAUUACCCAAUACCAAAAACUCUCCGAGGAGGCCAAGACCAACUUGCAGGCCACUUUCCCCAACAUCACCAAGGUCGUCAAGAAUGAAAAGUUCCAGCAGAUCGCCAAAGGAUUGAUCAAGACCGAGAACUAA